CCACUAAUGCUGGCUGUGCGCUACACAGUACAAUAUGUCCACCAGGUGGCAGGGACUCUGAGGUAAAAUCGUUGAGUACAUCAGCGACGAAGAAAAAGUCGAAGAUGGCAGCACUUUUUAAAGCCCGGAAAGCCCUGAGCAGUGUUGUGAGAUGUACUCGUUGCUUCACUCAGCUUGCAGAAUUACCUGAACUCCAUCAAAUUCUGAGGCAGACAUGCCAGGACUAUGCAGCAAAAGAACUUGCUCCGAUUGCUGCACAGCUUGACAAAAAUCAUUCUUUUCCAGCUAAACAGAUUCGGGAACUUGGAGCAAUGGGUGUGAUGGCCAUGGAGGUACCAGAGAAUCUUGGGGGAGCUGGAAUGGAUUAUUUGGCGUAUAGUCUGGCUGUUGAAGAGAUAAGCAGAGGCUGUGCAUCCACUGGGGUCAUCGUCAGUGUCAAUAAUUCAUUAUAUCUGGGCCCUAUUCUGAAGUUUGGCACAGAAGAGCAAAAGCAGCAGUGGAUAUCUCCCUUUACCACUGGGGAAAAAGUAGGCUGCUUCGCUUUGAGUGAGCCAGGCAAUGGGAGUGAUGCAGGUGCCGCCUCCACGCUGGCACAUCAGAAGGGAGAUGAAUGGGUGCUGAAUGGCACCAAGGCCUGGAUCACCAACUGCUGUGAUGCAUCUGCUGCAGUUGUCUUCGCCACAACAGAUAAGAGCUUAAAACACAAGGGAAUCAGUGCCUUCCUGGUACCUAUGCCUCAUCCGGGCCUAUCUCUUGGAAAGAAAGAGGAUAAGCUUGGGAUCCGAGCAUCAUCCACAGCAAACCUGAUUCUGGAGGACUGUCGUAUCCCACUGGGAAACUUACUGGGCCAGCGUGGGAUGGGCUUCAAGAUUGCCAUGCAAACCCUGGACAGUGGGCGCAUUGGUAUAGCAUCUCAGGCUCUUGGGAUUGCACAAGCGGCUAUUGACUGUGCAGCUGAUUAUGCUCAGAAGAGGAUAGCCUUUGGAGCACCAAUUGCAAAGUUGCAAGCAAUACAGUUUAAGCUGGCAGACAUGUCUGUGGCUAUAGAAAGUGCUCGUCUUCUCACCUGGAAAGCUGCACUGUUACGAGAUGCAAAGAAACCCUAUUCCAAGGAAGCUGCUAUGGCCAAGCUGGCUGCAUCUGAAGCAGCAACAUUUGUUUCUCAUCAGGCCAUUCAGGUGUUGGGGGGAAUGGGUUAUGUAACAGACAUGCCUGCUGAGAGACACUACCGCGAUGCCCGCAUCACUGAAAUCUACGAGGGAACCAGCGAAAUUCAGAGACUUGUCAUUGCAAACCAGGUUUUGAAGGAAUAUCAGCAAUAGAGCUGGAUGGCAUGCAGCAAAUCCAUGUCAACACAGUAACUCGUCAGUAUUCUUAAAUGAUUUUUAACAUGGCAGUGUGUGCCUGGGGAUGCUUACAAUGUCACUAAUAUAUUCUAAAUGGCGAUAUUCUAAAUGGUUUGCCCAUGCUGUAAUUUCUGGAUAUUUAAGGCUGACUUUUCAAGUGUCAGAAGAGCAGUCAUUAGACCCUGGAAAAGAUACAUUUUUAAUUACACUAGAGGGCAGCAGAGUGCCUGUGCUGCUUGCUUUUGUCAAUGCAAGAUCUGAUUUCACUGCAUUUUUUGAUAAAAAUCUAAGAUCAUGGAAGGACUUUCAUAAAUAAAAGGAUUACUUACA